CCGGCCGGGAGGACCCCGCCGCCGGUCCGGCCCCGCCGCGCUCCGCCGGUGCCGCGGGCCCGAUCGCGCCGUUCCGGGCGGCGGCCGCCGCCAUGGCCGCUGCGGGCGGCGAGGGCCCCGCGGGGCCUCCCUGGGCGGGCCGGGCCCUGCAGAGCGCCAUGAGGGCGGCCAGCGGCGCCCUGGAGAUGGACAGCGCCGGGCGGCCGCGGGAGGCCUACGUGGAGUACCUGAAGAGCAUCGCCUUCAUCGCUCAGGCCCUGCAGGAAGAGGCGGCGGGGACAGGUGGCCCUGACACCCGGCAUGUCCCCCCAGACGGGAGUGAGGUGGUCACCCCCGACACCCCCAAGAUGCUGAAGCUGGCUGAGCAGUGCCUGGAGAGAGUCAAGUCCAUCGCAGCAGCGCUGGGGAAAGCCCAGGCAAAACCGGCUGUGCAGGAGCGGGGUGGGGGCCCCGCGCCCCUCCCCCGGCACCGCAGGGUCUUCUCGGACGAGGGGGGGAAGCUCUCUCCUUUCCUGCCGCCGGAGAUCUUCCAGAAGUUGCAGAUUGCUGAGGCGCAGAGCACACGGAAGGAGCUGACGCCGCUGGAGGAGGCAUCUCUGCAGAACCAGAAGCUGAAGGCCGCCUACGAGGCACGGGUGGCGCGGCUGAACCCCAGCCAGGCCCUGCAGAAGACCUCCCUGACACUGUCCCUGCAGCGGCAGAUGAUGGAGAACUUGGUGAUCGCCAAGGCUCGGGAGGAGACUCUGCAGCGGAAAAUGGAGGAGCGGCGGCUGCGGCUGCAGGAGGCUGCCAACAGGAGGUUCUCCAGCAGCGUGGCCCUCACGCCUGAGGAGCAGGAGCAGAGAGCUCUCUACGCUGCCAUCCUCGAGUACGAGCAGGACCAUGACUGGCCGAGGCAGUGGAAGGCCAGGCUGAAGCGGAGCCCGGCGGACCUCUCCCUGGUGUCGGGGCUCUUCUCCUGCCUCCUCAGCUUCCCCGAGCACCCCAUCGCCCAGCUCCUGCGGCAGCUGCAGUGUGCGGUGUAUGCCCGCCUGUACUCGGCCAUCAGCCAGGGCACCGCCGACACCGCGCCCGCCUCCCCCACCAGCCUCUCCUUCCUCUCGCUGGAUGCGGGGGGCUCGCUGCUCACCGAGCCAGGGGGCCACCGGCUCCGGGCCUCCCGCAGUCUCCACUGCAUGUUCUCAGUGCCCGAGCACGGCACAGCCGGGCUACGGCACAGCCUGUCCAGCAUGCCCCUCACCGAUGGCAGCCCCGGCACCCCCAAGGCAGAGGGUGGCUGGCCGGGGCCGGCGGCAGCCCCCCAGACCCCCCGGGAGAGCUCCUUCGAGGACCUGGAGCGGUUCCUGGCAUCGCCCGAGGGUUGGGCCCCCGGGGAGCCCCCGGCCGGCCCCGCGAAGGAGAUGGCACUGCCGGAGCAGCUGAAGGGCAUCGUGCGGGACAUCCACAACGCCAUUGACAGGCUGCUGUCCCUGACGCUGCUGGCCUUCGAGGGGCUCAGCACUGCCGCCGGCAAGGACCAGUGCCUGGCCUGCCUGGAGGAGGCCUUCUUCCCGCCGCUCUGGGCCCCACUGCUGGCCCUCUACAGGAUUGUGCACCGGCCCCGCGAAGCAGCCCUGGCCCGGAGCAUGGAGCAGCACCGGCACGCCAGCCCCGCCGACAUGGGGCUGUCAUCCCGGCUCUUCCCGCCAGCCCCUGGCUGCCCUGCGUACGGCUCCGCCAUCGAGGACCUGCGGCUCAUCCCGCUAGAAACCUGUCCUCGCAGAAAGCUGGAGUGCAUCGUGCGAGCCCUGCGCGGCAUCUGUGAGUGUGCCGAGGAGUACUGCGGUGCCCGGGACAGCCGGACCCCCACCUCUGCCGCCAUCAGUGGGGCGGAUGACCUGCUGCCCAUCCUGUCCUACGUGGUGCUGCAGACAGGGCUGCCGCAGCUGCUGCCCGAGUGCGCCGCCCUGGAGGAGUUCAUCCACGAGGGGUACCUGAUCGGGGAGGAGGGGUACUGCCUGACGUCCCUGCAGAGCGCCCUGUCCUACGUGGAGUCCCUGCAGUGAGGCGGCAGCGGGGGACCCUCUCCCCGCCACCCACGGCCAGGAUGUGCGCGGGCUCGGCGCUGCGGCAGGAGUGCGGGCAGCUGUACCGGCAGCAGUACCGGCAGCAGUACCGGCGCUGCCUUGAGCGGGCGCUGCGGCAGGGCCAGGCCGGGGCCUGCUCCGACGCGUCGCUCGGCGAGCGGCUGC